UUUAGGCUUGGAUCCUGCCUCUCAAGAAUUCUCAUUAAGUAUAUGCAAAUAUUCCAAAAUCCAAAAAAUAAAAUCACACCCCCAACUCAAAAAAUGUUUGUCCGGAGCAUUUUGGAUAAGGGAAACUCAACCUGUAUUUCUUUUUUCCACCAUGUCUUCUACCACCUUUCCCCCCUCUGCAUAUGGUCUGAGGAAGCAAUUUCACCUUCUGCCCUAUAGAAGGACAUGCAGGUCCUAUGAGAUUGUUGCCUGUUAAUUUCCAUAUGCUCUCUGCAUCCUCCCCCAUUUGUCAUAAUACUUAACAGCAUAAAUUGUUCAUGUAUAUUUUUGUUUCAGUAAUGUGUAGAGCAACCCUGCGAGGUGUCCAUUUGUUUCCCAUCCCCUUAGGGAAGAGAACAGUGCCUUGUCUGAGGUCAUCUAGCAAAAGAAGUAACUGAAACAGAGACUGGAUAGCUCAGUCUUUCAAUAGUAUUUGCCCAGAUGUUGUGGUUUAAAUUUUGUGUCUUGUGUUUGAAACAUGCUGGUUUUCUUCUCCAUUAAGAAUGCAAAAGAAGCUCUUAUGCAAUUAAGAAUGUUACUCUGUCUCUGGCCAAGAUAACAAGAGGAAUACAAUUGUAAUGAAAAUGUGACCAGCCAGCAUUUGUUAAAACAACAAAUUGGCCAAAAAAGCACACUGCAUUUUGGGUGGACCCCUCCUCACAUGUCAAGUUAUGCAAUGCAACUCAUAGUGUAGUAUAGUUGGAGAAGUAGUGUAGAGUACCUCAAGGUUAUUAGAACAAACAAGGCCAUGCAUGUUGCAGAUGAAUGUUGAUAACACUGUGGCUUUUUCCCCUCCAGUGGCCUUUCAAGCAGAAGAAGAGAGCUGUGCUGCAGAAGUAGUGAAUGUGGUGUUCAUAGACCGGUCUGGACAAAGGGUCCCAGUGCAAGGCAGAGUUGGAGAGGAUGUGCUCCGCUUGGCCCAGAGACAUGGCAUUGACUUAGAAGGUGCCUGUGAAGCUUCCCUAGCCUGCUCUACCUGUCACGUCUAUGUGAGCCAUGAUUUCGUGGAUAAGCUUCCCUCCCCUGAUGAACGGUAGGGAACCUUCUUGGCUCUCUUCCUAUGGCUGACAUCUGAGGGAGCCAGGUCACCUCCUGAGAUUGUCUCCCAAGAGGUGAAGAAAUAGGCAGGUAUACAUCCAGUGUAAAACGCUUCUAUGGCACCCUUCCUUUCUAUACUGAGAGGAUGCCCAGAUCAGCUUUGGAGGGUCUCGUUCUAUGCUGCUUUUAUCCUGAACCAAAUGGUAAAUUACUGAGCUAUUCGUUUUGUUUUCCUCCCAAUAUCAGCGAUAUGACAGAAACUUCAUGGGACACCCCCCCCCAAAAAAAAUAAUAAUAAUUAGAGUGUGGUGAGACAAUUGCAUAGAGCCCAUUGCUGCCAUAGGGGACCAUGUAGUGUUGCAAAGGAUGCUUCCAUUUUUUUCCUAAGCCUUACCUCUUCCCAUGAAACCUAAAUUAGUUCUGGCCUUUUGCAUCUCAUUGCAGCAUAGGCAAAUCACAUGUAAUUGUUCUACUAAAUAUUUUCCAACCAGUUUUCUUAAGCCACCUGUCCCCAUCAUGUACCAGCUCACCUUCCAUAUCCAUCACUUAAUUUUCCUUACCAAAUCUGAUUUAAUUGCUAGUACAGAGAGUUCCAGUCACUGAAAUAACUUCAUUUGCAACCUUUCUCAUGCAUGUUUGUUGUCCAUGAAUUGUAGAGUAAGUAGAAUUUCCUAUGGACGUAGUGUUUUGGAGUGUGGGGAGGGAAUGACACAGAGAAGGGAUACAACAAGUGCAACAAAUAUUGCCUGACAUGUUUUGAAUAUCUUCACUAGUGGAAAGUCUAAAGAUAAUACACAGAUAUUUGACAUUAUAUAAGUCAUACUAUUGUUAAACAAGAGACCCCAGCAUCAGGCACCAGUAGAAUAUCAAGAUACUAAUAAUUUUCUAACAUUACCAUUGCAAUAUGUUCCUUAAAGUCCUUUAUCCAAGAAAAUAUAAAAUCAGUUAAAAUAAAGGACUAAAAGUGUUUUUUGAUGCUGUGUGCCUUCAAGUCAUCUCCAA